UCAAAAACCAGUUUGUUAAAUCACAAUUAAUUAACUAGGUUUUUGAUGGCCAAAACGACGCUGCUUUCUGUUCUCUACCCAUUGCUGCUAGCUGCAUUCUUGCUGCAUUGCCAUGGCGAGGACAAGAAGGUUCACAUUGUUUACAUGGGAAACUUGCCUCGGGGAGAUUUUUCAGCUCAAUCCACUCACCAUUCCAUGUUAGAACGUGUACUUGGAAGUACUUCAUCAGUCAAAGAAUCGUUAAUUUAUAGUUAUGGGAGGAGUUUCAAUGGAUUUGCAGCUAAGUUAUCGGAUGAAGAAGUCGAAAGACUCUCAGAAAUGGAUGGUGUGAUCUCCGUGAUUCCAAACCACAUACUGAAGAUUCACACGACAAGGUCAUGGGACUUCAUGGGUUUCUCCAAAUCAAAGCUUUCUGGAGCUCAGCAAGGAAAUGUCAUUAUUGGUCUUCUGGACACAGGAGUAUGGCCAGAAUCUGAGAGCUUCUCCGAUACAGGAAUGGGUCCUCCACCAUCCAAAUGGAAAGGAACAUGCCAAGGAGAAGGCAACUUCACCUGUAACAAUAAGAUCAUUGGAGCCAGGUACUACAACAGUGAGAACUGGUACUUCGAUACAGACUUCAAGUCCCCUAGAGACUCCGAGGGACACGGAACCCAUACAGCUUCAACCGCAGCAGGGCGCAAGGUGGAAGGAGCAAGCUACUUUGGUCUAGCUGAAGGAGUUGCGAGAGGUGGAGUUCCAUAUGCAAGGAUUGCAGUGUACAAAGUUUGUUGGUCAUUUGGAUGUGCUACUGCAGAUAUUCUUGCAGCAUUUGAUGAUGCCAUAGCUGAUGGUGUUGACAUUUUAUCAGUGUCCCUUGGAUCUCCCUGGCCAUUUCCAUAUAUGGAGGACCCAAUUGCUAUUGGUUCCUUCCAUGCCAUGAGAUAUGGUAUAUUGACUUCAAAUUCUGCUGGCAAUUCUGGACCCUAUCCUUAUUCAGUCUCCAAUUUCGCACCUUGGACUCUUACUGUUGCUGCCAGCACCAUUGACAGGAAAUUCAUUGCCAGCGUUGUGCUUGGAAAUGGAAAAGUCUUCAAUGGGCUAUCCAUUAAUAACUUUGCGCUCAACGGGACAUAUCCAUUGGUUUGGGGAGGAGAUGCAGCAAACUACUCUGCAGGUGCUGAUCCUGAAAUUGCAAGUUAUUGCUUGCCUGGUUCCCUGAAUUCAUACGUAGUACAAGGAAAGAUUGUUUUUUGUGAAACUGUCUGGGAUGGUUCUGGCAUUUUAAUUGCUAAUGGUGUGGGUGCCAUAAUGGCCGAUUCUGAGUAUAGCAAAGAUUUUGCUUUUAGUUAUCCUUUACCAGCAACAGUGAUCAGCACAGAAGAUGGCCAGCAAAUUUUGGAUUACAUCAGAUCUACACAGGAUCCAAUUGCAACUAUUCUGGUUGGUGAGACUUGGAAGGAUAUCAUGGCACCUUCCGUUGUGUCAUUCUCUUCCAGAGGACCCAACCCCAUCAGCCCAGACAUUCUCAAGCCUGAUUUAACAGCCCCUGGUGUGGACAUCCUUGCUGCCUGGUCUCCAGUUUCACCACCUUCCAUCUAUUGGAUGGAUUCCAGGAGUGUAAACUUCAACAUAAUCUCCGGUACAUCCAUGUCUUGCCCGCAUGCUAGUGCUGCUGCCGCUUACGUGAAGGCCGCUCACCCUGACUGGUCUCCUGCUGCCGUUAAAUCCGCCCUCAUGACCACAGCUUAUAUAAUGGACUCGAGGAAGCACCCAGAUCUUGAAUUUGCUUAUGGGUCUGGUCACAUCAAUCCACUAGACGCAACAGACCCUGGACUUAUAUAUGAUGCAUCUGAAGCAGAUUACAUUAACUUCCUAUGCAAACAGGGCUACAACACUACCACCUUAAGACUGAUCACCGGAGACAAUAGCAGCGUUUGCAGCAGCACAGUGCCUGGAAGAGCCUGGGAUCUUAAUUACCCGGCUUUCUCCCUUGCCAUUGAAGAUGGGCAGCCAAUUCAGGGAAUCUUUACAAGGAAAGUUACAAAUGUUGGGAAACCAAAUUCAACCUACAUUGUGAGCAUUUACAUGCCAAGCAAUGUUAGUGUAACAGUGGAGCCUUCUGUCCUCUCAUUCUCUGCCAUUGGAGAGACAAAAACAUUCACAUUGAAGGUGUAUGGUCCAAAGAUUGCACAGCAGCCAAUCAUGUCAGGUGCAAUCAUGUGGAGAGAUGGGACGUACGUGGUGAGAAGCCCAUUGGUUGUAUAUAACAUACUGCCUGGUGCUACUUAUUCUUCUCCCUACUCCAUGGCCAAGCCACAGAAAACACCCAAAUUUGAAGGUUCUUCAGUGUAUCACAAGAAUGGCAUCCUGGGACACGAGUAAUUUGGAAAACAAAAUCAUUUUUGUAUUUGAAAUGGCAUGCCAAAUUAUGCAGUGCCAUGCAAUUACAAGGUUGAAAUAAAACAGAAAUAAGACGCAAUCUCUCAAUCGCCAAAGGGAGAGAUUCUCCAAUUUCAAAUAGUUUUAGUUAUUUAAUUUUGCUCAGUGGCAUUUGUCUUGUUUAUU